UCGAAUCGCGGUUUUCGUAAUCGCGUUGAUAAAUAAUCGCGGCCGGGGUUAAAUACGUAUUUCUCUUCGUUUCGACAACCGAAAUCGGGUGUCGACGUCGUGACAUAAAUCAGCUGUAUCGCGGCGAUGAAUGAAACGCGCGAAGAGAAGUUCGGCGACAGUCCAAAUUCGCCGGAAAAUGAGUACGAUGAGGUGGAAGAAUUAGUGGAUAAUGACGAGAUGGAAGAAUUUGUGGAUAAUGACGAGAUGGAAGAAUUUGUGGAUAAUGACGAGAUGAAAGAGUUUGUGGAUAAUAACGGGCGGGAUAACGGUGAAGUGCUACCGGAAAUUAGAUCUACCGAAGAGAUAUUGCGGCAAGUGCAACGCGAGUUGUGCCUGAUCAAAUUAUGCUGGUCGGAUAUCCCGAUACCGAAGGAUCUUUAUGCGCAAUCACUUCCGGAUACUCAUCGAUGCGUCAACGACAAGGAAAGAUUGCUUUUGUGGUACGCGGAAAAUUUUCGUCGACAGAUUCACGCAAAGGAUGCGAAACGUCGGCCGCUUUUGUUGGCAUGCGAAAACGAAUGUGGCGUACAAAAAUUUACAUCUACUGGCAUUCGUCGAAGUACGCUGCCAUAUCCAGAAUUGUAUACAUGGCGUGGAUGUGCACAGUUCAUUAGUGAUCACGUCACGUAUCAACCACUAGAUGAAGAGUUUAUCAUGGUAAGCACAUAAAUAAACUAAUAAUAUAUAUUUAAAAAAUCCUAAAUUAUAAAUAAAGUAUUAAAAAUAACUCUUAUAAAACUAAUAAAAAAUUAACUAAAGAAAUAAGAGGUAGAAUACAUAGGAAUCGCGGUAUUCGCGCAUAUCGCGAACUGUUUUCUUAAAUAUAAAUAUACAUAAAAAUAUACAAAAUGUACAACAUUAGUAAUAAUGCAACAUAUAUUAAAAUAAUGAACUUAAUGUUUAAAUUGUGUUUCAUUUUGUCACAUUUUCCAAGGUAACUCAAAGACGCAACUUGCGAAAACUUUCGACAUUAUGCGUGUGAGAGAAAAUAUGAACUCUCGUGACUUUUUUAUAAUAUACUAUUAUAUUCUAAUAGUCAGUUAUAGAUAUGUACAAAUUUUAUAUACAUUUAUAUAU